AUGAAAGAGAAUGGUAGAAAGAGUAGAAGCAAUGCAUUGAGGGCCACUUUAAAUCCCAAUUCUCAAAACAACAACAUAUCAGACUUAGAUCUAUACAAAAAACACAAAGCAGAAUAUGGUACCAGAUUGAUGACUGAAGAUUUGACCAGUCCUGAAGAAAUCAUGCUAUUAAAUGAAGGGUCGCCAACGACAUUACGCAGUAAGGGUAAAUCAUUUACCGAAAAUGAUGAAAAGGAUAGUAUGCGUAAGGUAGUAAUAAACAAUUUAGAAGAAGAUAAUUUAGAUCCACCAAAACUAAAAAAAGAGCUACAGUUUAUAGGAAAGAAGAAAGCAUCUCCACAAUACCAAGUACUGGAAAAUAAAGAAAGAAGUCUUGAUCCUAUUGAGAGGCAUCGAAGGAAAACUUCCUUACUGAAGGCUAUAGGUGAACCAGUACCUCUACCAUAUUUACAAAAUGGCCCGAAUAAUUAUGUUAAUGUAAAAAAUGAAGAAUCACAAAGAUUUGAUCAAACUGAGAUGGACUCGAUUGACCAGAGGUGGAAUUCUGUCAUUGAAUCUAAUCGUAAGAUAGUUAAAGCUAGACUUAAUGAAAUAAGGAAUGCAGGAAAGGGAAUCAGAUUGGAUUCACCCCAACCCCGACGAGUGUCUGAGGAAAACGUUCAAGGCCAUAGUCAUAAUAUUUUAGAACAAUCAGAAAAAAGUAACGUUUCAUUAAAAUCAGAGGGCCAUCAGGAUAUGUAUGCCUCAUUUGACGAUGGAUACGGUGAUUCGAUUGUAAUUGGUACACCGAAACAAGACCUUAUCAAGUCGAAAAGACUAGAUGACGCCAAGGUUCUAUCAGAUAUUAAGUCUAUCUUACUAGAAAACAGUACCAAGCUAGAUACUGUUAUUGAAGUCUUGGGUUCGAGUAAAAAAGUGAAACUCGAUAAAAACAAUAAAAUUGCGUUGAAUCGAUUGUAUUAUAGCAAGAACAAUUUAUAUUGGAUACUUUGUAUUAUUAUACUCCUCAUUUGUAACAUUUAUGUAUAUUAUUAUGUAUGA